UAUUAACCAUUUGGCAAACACUUUUUUAUUGCCCAAGAUGUCAUUUAUGUGUACACAAAAGUAAUAAUGUAUGUAAACUGCUGGUCAAAAUAAGAAAAACAAAAUGUGGAGUUGUCACAAGUGUGGAAAACCCGUGUUCUUUGCUGAAAGAAAACAAUCUAUGGGAUAUGAUUGGCACCCAGAUUGUUUAAAAUGUGAAGAGUGUGGAAAAAUUUUAAAACCAGGACAACAUGCUGAGCAUAAAGGUGUUUCAUACUGCCAUGUCCCUUGCUAUGGUGCUUUGUUUGGACCCCAGCUAUUUGGCCAUGGUACUCGUGUUGAAUCACACAAAAGCUUUGGAAAAAUAGAGAAUAAAAGUUAUGGAGGAAUUACAAGAACUCAUCUUGAAACAACAAUUAAAUCAUACAAUCAUUACCAUGAUGUACAUGGAGGAAGUGGGGGAAUUAAGAGUAGAGAAGUCAACGGAAGAUUGGUGCUAGAAGGUGUCUUAAGACUAUAUUGGGGAGUACAAUCUGCCAUUCAGUUAAAAGAAGAUGAUGAUCAGCGUCUUCCUUCAAAUGGCGCAGAGGAGAAAAUAACCCAAAGAAAAGUCUCAAGCAGCUUGGGAUAUCAGAAUGCAAACAUGUCUUCAUUUGACGAGUCUGAUAGUGACGACGACUCUUUAUCUGAAAAUUCGUCAGUCAUUUCUGCGUUUAGUCCAGCUGUAAACGGUUCGGGGUAUGAAAAGAAAGUGAGCUUAAAUUCCGAAUCCAAUGAUGUAUCAAAAUUCAAUACGGUACCUUCUAAACUGGAUCCCAAGCAACUUGGUCGAGAUGAAUUAGACGAGCUUAUACAAGUCGAGAGAGAGUGGAAAGAUCACGAAAAACCUUAUUCAACUUUGCCCAACAAAAUUUCUUUAUCUCCCAGUGAAGUAUGCCCGACGGUGAUCGAAGAAUCAAGUUCAAAAGCCUCUGUAGUCGAAGAUGCAACUUCGCCAACAAAAUCUACAGCACUCCGACGACGUCCAGGCAGGCGCUUCGAUAAAACCAAAUUAAGGCGCCGUUGUUCUAUAAAUGGGCAUUAUUACAACAGAGAAACCAGUGUUUUUACUCCACCUUAUGGCAGUACGAUGAGUGUAUGGACUACGUCUCUUGUAAAUACUCAGGAAGUGAUCAACAUGCUUCUCGACAAAUACCGCGUUGAAUGCCCUGCUAGUAAUUUUUCUCUUUUCGUCGUUAAAGACAACGGAGAGCGAAGAAGAGUAAAGGAAGAUGAGUACCCACUGCUGUUGCGUGUGAUGCAGGGGCCGGAUGAAAGCGUAGCCAAACUUUUUCUGGUGGAAAGUGAAGGUGAAGGCAGUCACGAAGUCAGCGCUGCUGUUGCGCAAUUUCUACGUCUUAGUGAUUUUGAAUUACAAUCAAUUCUAAGGCUUUACUGUGAGGAAGAAGAGCGUGAAGUGCAAUCGAUUAAAAAUAAGCACCGGGAACUGAAGCGGCGCAUUAAAAAACGGAUGCAGGAAUUGAAAGUAAAAUUAUGAAAUCUUCUACAGAGUGUACGGACCCAUCGUUUUACUAUGAUCAAAUUACCAAUCGAUUUUUUAAUCUGUUAACAACAACAAAAAUUCGUCGGACAAUUGAAAAGGAUUUUUUUGUUGCCCUCUGAAAGAAUCUCGUUUCUUGAUCUGACAUAUUAGAGGUGGUGACCUACGAUCUUGUUGAUCAGCUUGGAGUGACCCAUAUUCUUUGUUUCAUUGGCAUUCCGUCGAAAGAUUUUUUUCCAACAGACUUUUUUUUUCUAUAAAAUGUUUACAUUUUCCUCAUUUAUGAUCUGUGCCAUUCAACGUUCAUUUUUGGUGUACCUCAUGCUCUCAAAUUUGACUUGCCCGAGAAACAAUACAGUUGUUUUAACACAGA